AAUCCCGGUAAACCUAGCAGUACUGAAGCUCAAUGAACAAGCCGUCUUAGACAAGUUGAAAAACAAGUGGUGGUAUGACAAGGGGGAAUGUGGACACAAGGACUCCGGCAGAAAGGACAAAACGAGCGCGCUCAGCCUGAGCAACGUGGCCGGGGUCUUCUACAUUCUGAUUGGUGGGYUGGGGCUGGCCAUGCUGGUGGCUCUGGUCGAGUUCUGCUACAAGUCUCGCAUCGAGUCCAGGAGGAUGAAGGAACUCAUCGACGCCGCCAUGAUGAGCAGCAGCCUCGGCGGGAUGGCCGGCGGGGUCGGGGGCGGAGGAGGAGCGGCGGCGGGGCUCGGAGGCGAGAACGGGCGAGUGAUGGCGCACAACUUCCCCAAGUCUGGAGCUCAGGGUUUGCCCUGCAUGGGCAAGGCAGCRGGCCUGGGCCUGUCCUCCACAGGCAUGUGACCUGAACCCAGCCUGCUGAUUGGACAGAACCACACCUGUCAGGAAGGGAGCAGAAAGAGGGGCGGGGACAUAUUGGAUGGAGGAGACAGGAGAAAGUCUAAUACAAACAGGAGAGGAGUCAGAUCUCCUGUAAGACACGCCGCUGGGCUCAAAAACCCACAAACUCAUUUUUUUCAUACAAACGACACGUUUUGCUGCUUCUGCAGUAACGGACCUGAUGUGUGUGGGGGGUUAAGCUUCUUAAUGACUGAACUGAUUCACGUGUCACUCACACCGAGCUCAGCCACGCCCACACCAAUCACCACCGCUGCAGGCCUGAGGGGGAGGAGCUUCAACGCUUUACGCCUCUAGCUCUGGAAACGUGGGUCAGCUAACUGCCUUCAUGAAACACUUCAUAUAUAAAAGUACAAAUGUGUCAAAUA